GCUGGGGCGCGGCCACCAAUGGAGCAGCUGUGGCCGUGGCUGACGGCGGCGCUGCUGCUGCUGCUGCUGCUGGUGCAGCUGAGCCGCGCCGCCAGGUUCUACGCCAAGGUCGGCCUGUACUGUUUGCUCUGCAUGUUCAUGUCCGCCGUGGCCUCGGUCGUCUGUCUGCUGCGCCACGGCGGCCGGACGGUGGACAACAUGAGCAUCAUCAGCUGGUUUGUGCGUUCCUUCAAGUACGUGUAUGGCCUCCACUUUGAGGUCAAGGGCCGCCGGAAGCUAGAGGUGAACAGCCCCUGUGUCAUCAUCUCCAAUCACCAGAGCAUCCUGGACAUGAUGGGCCUCAUGGAGAUCCUCCCCAAGCGCUGCGUACAGAUUGCCAAGCGCGAGCUGAUGUUUCUGGGGCCCGUGGGUCUCAUCAUGUACCUGGGGGGCGUCUUCUUCAUCAACCGCCAGCGCUCCAGAACCGCCAUGUCUGUGAUGGCCGACGUGGGCAAACACAUGGUCAGGGACAAUGUCAAAGUGUGGAUCUACCCCGAGGGCACACGCAACGACAAUGGAGACCUGCUGCCCUUUAAGAAAGGAGCUUUCUACCUGGCUAUCCAGGCCCAGGUUCCCAUCAUUCCAGUGGUGUACUCCUCCUUCUCCUCCUUCUACAACGUCAAGACGAAGCUCUUCACCUCGGGAACAAUCAAGGUAGAGGUGCUAGACGCAGUCCCUACCACUGGCCUCACCAAUGACGACGUCACCGAGCUCAUGGACACCUGUCAGAAGGCCAUGAGAAGCACCUUCUUGGAAAUAUCCAGGACACCCCAGGAGAACGGAGCCCCGGAAGAGCCUGGAUACCAGCCAGCCCAGUAACUCGGGCCCCACAGAGCGGAGGAGUGGGGGAGGGCGAGCAGGCAGGAGGGCGGAGGCUGGAGGAUGGACAUAAAGAAGCCCGCACCAAACCCAGUUCUCAUUCUGGCCUUGAAGCAGUAGUUCCUUCUGACACAGCCUCAGACCGAGGCCCCCACAUGAUUCCUUGACCUGACACCAUGCGUGGUCACUCAGUGGGUACACUGAGUCACGAGACCUGGAGAUGCCCAAAAGUAGGCAGGAGUGGCCAGAGCUGAGGUCCUACGUCCCCUGAAACAGCUGCUGAAAGCCCACAGGGUGCAGAAUCAGGAUAGAGACCAGGCCAUGGCCUGCAUCAGGCCUUCAAGGAGAAGGGCCCGGCCAGGCUCCCAUUAUCAGGAUGCCUGGGCCACCUAGCACCAGGAGGACAGACUGUGAGUUACAAGUCACUGCUGUACUCGGUUCGUUCUUUUUUUUU